UUCUCGUGACAUGUAUGACGUCACAAGAUGGCGGCCAAAGGCCUCUUUGGAGCCCUAUUCUAUUUGGAUCCUUUUUGAGUAAAAACGGUCCCUCCCCAUAAUUCUUUGCGCAGUAAAGCAUUGCUAUGCAAAUGACGACGCCAUUGAUGUGUAGAACGUAUGUCUUGACUGAGAAUUCGAAUAUUUAUACUGCUUUUUAGACUUUCUACUGUGUUGUUUCGUCGAAGUUUACUCCAAAACAACGGAAAUUUUAGUACCUUCCCCUACUGGGGUAAUAUUUCUUCCUACCAGAAUCUGUUCUAUAAUAGUUUGGCUCUGAUUUGAUGUCAAGUUUGCUUGGGUGCAAGACGAAAUGGCUGAGUGCAAGCGCUUUGAUCGAAGCUGCGUGUAUAUGUAGGUGAUGGAGGGUCAUAAGCGGUACCUGAACAACCGGUGUCGUCUUUGUAGCGUAUCUCUUGGAGGGAGUCAUUCCAGUAACAAGAGAAGAAAGGAUCGAAAGAAGGCCUGUAAGACUUUGUUUACCAAAGAAUUUGACGAGUGUUGGAACUUGGACAUUAACUCCGAAAGCAAAGAAGUAUUCCCCGCUUUCAUCUGCAGUUCGUGUAGACGGUUUUUAUACCGCGUCAAAAAUGGCGAAACUCGAAUGGCCAGCAAAUUUAAGGUCGCUCAAUGGACACCGCAUUCGAACGAUGAGUGUGUGUGCAUGCGGUCAGGAUCCGGAAUGGUAAAAAGUAACCUUGGCGAGGAAAUAACCCGUGGAAGCGACAGUGAUACGGAUAGUGCCGAAGAGACACGUGAAGAACUUCAAAAGCCCGCGCUAGGCAUUGUUUUGAAUAGCUUGCCAUGGCUAACACAAGACGAAGCAAAAAAAACGGCAAAAGAGCUCGCAAACAGAUUUGACUUCAUUUUCAUUCCUCGUGGCGAUACUACAGGUAUGACAAACUCUGUUUGUGAACUGUCUAGUGAGRACAGAAAAAAUAUCACCGAAGCGAUCUUCAACUGUGAGAAAAAAGCGGUCAGGGAAGAUGCUUCACAGUGUAGUCAAACCUACAGGAAUCUGGACAGCCUCGUAAACCUUGAAUCUGGUACUUGGUCAGAGGAGAGAAAUUCAGUACUUAAUAGUGCCCUGAAUGGACUGACAAGCAAUGCUAAAGAAACAAAUCUACUAGAGGCAAAGAAAGCUGUUGCAAUUGACCAGUUAUAUUCUCUGGCAUCACCAGGUUUUAUUAGUCCRCUGGCAUUCGCAUGUAAUUUGCUAAUCUAUUCUGUUGCAAGAAGUAAACUUUCCUGCAACAUAUUUGGUAAGCUUUUCCCAAGUGGAUCAUUUGCUACUGUUAAAUCAUGGCUCAAUAACUUAACACCAAAGAUCCCAGAGUUUCCUGAGGGAGAUGUCCUCACAUCCAUUGAUAAUGACCAAGUUUUAAUUAAGAAGUGGACUGUGAGAAAGGRCAAUCGUGCACAGAUCAGCAUAUUGACUAGUGUAUGCACUGCUGUAACCAACAGCAAAGGGAAAUUGCAGUAUGAUCAGCAAUUAGCUCCAGGACAAUGGAAUGACAGGCGUGAUACUGCAAAGAGAGAUGAAAAUGAAAUGAAGAAGCUACUAUAUGACUGUUCUUACAAACCAAAUCAACAGAACCUUUUAAGAGGAGAGAACACCAAAUUGAUWCAGGGAAUACUAGAGCAAGUUGUAAGAGAGCACACAGAGAAGGAAGGAGUAGUCAUGGAUGAUAUAGAUGUCAAAGUAAAUGAAAUCAGAUCUAAGGAGGGGAUGCGCAUCUGUCCUGUUUGUCAAACAAUGAUGGAAAAAAGAAAAAGAAAGUGUACAAACCCAGAUUGUGGAGUUAAUCUUAAAAUUGCUGAGAAACAGCUUGAUGGCAGUGACAUUUUGGGAACUGCUCUUGUUACUCCUGCUAGGCAGUACACCCAUAAAAUCAGAGAAUGUCAACUCGGUUUCACAGUGGAUGAAAUUGGCAAUAGAGCUACUGUAUAUGUGAAAGAGGAGUCUGUCAACUCUUUUGAUGAGUGGGCAGAUGUCAAAAGCAACCAUCCAGACAGUCGCAUCCCAGUAACAGCUUUCGACCCUGUGUUCGUCAACCCUAAUUCCUUUGAAUCUGUUAAAGUUGUGUUGAGAAGAGUUGGUUCAGCCGCACGAGUGAAGAGAUACCACCCUGAGGAUCCCAAUGCUAGAGAAUGGCUCUCAGUAACUAUGGAUGGGCUUCCUUACUUACUCUGUAGAGAGGUUGUGGAAUCUGUGCGUAUCUGUUCUUCGUGUAGUAAAGAGGUCCUCUUGUCGUGUGGUAAAGAGGACCUUAUGAAUGCCUGUGAAAUGCAUACCAUUGAAGAACACAUUGGGCAGCAAGUUAACUACAUCAAGGAAUUUGAUUGGGCCCUUAUAAGAAUCGGAAAGHUGCACAUGGAGAUGAACAUGGCUAGAACAUUUAUUGACAUUCAUUGGAACAUUUACUUUUCAUCGUUAGCACAUGAGCUUGGAUUUGUUUCAGAGGCAGCACAGAAGUUUGCAAGAAAGGGAUCUGAUCAUCACAAGACAAUGUCACUUAUCAAAGUGGCUCACAUUGGCUUGUGGUAUGAGCUCCUUGUUCCUUAUGUAAAGGAGAGACUCAGAUCGCGAG